GCUUCCGAAACGGGGAGGUGCCGGAGGGCGGCUCCGCCAUCCCCGCCGCCUGCCCGCCUGCCUGCCUGCCGAGGGAGGGAGGGAGGGAGGGAGGCCGGCCUUGGCCUAAGCGCCAUGGACCGCUUCGGCUGGACCAGCGGCCUCCUGGAGAUCCACGAGAACCUGGUCACGCAGCAGCGCGGCGUCCGCCUCUACGACGGCGAGGAGAAGGUCGGGGGAGCGGGCCGGGGAGCGGGGCAAGCGGGCCGGGGAGCCGACACCGGCCUGGGCUAGGCGGGCAAGGCGGAGGCUGGAGGAAGCAGGCAGAGCUUUCCUCCUUUAGAGGUCCUUAUUGCCCUGAGGAGGAUUUUUAACAAGGAAAAAACCUCCCGCAGAAAAUUGAGGGAAGGCUCUCUGCAUCUAGAAAGCUAGGGUGUCAAGGGGGAGAUAGGCUGCUGCUGCCCCCCCUCUCCGCUCCUUUUUCUUUUUUAAAUGAUAUUUAUUGAAGUUUCACAUGAAAAGAGGCAUUUUAAUAAAUAAAAAAAAAGAAAUUUAAAAAUAGAAAGAAAAAUACACCAUACAAAAUACAAAACACAAAAAGAAAAAACAGUUAAAAACAAUUCCAUCUUUUCAUCACAACUUUUACAUUUACUUAUUUCCCGGACCUCCUCAUACCUCCCUCUUUUGUAUUCCAAUUCCUCUCCGCUCCGUUUUCUACCUGCAGGGAGUAUUUUGCCUGGCACUAUGAAAUGAAAUACCCCCAACAGCAUUGAGUGGGGCUUGGACUGAUUUCUCUUACCUGUCGCAGGUAUUGGAACUGUAGAUCAUCCCUAGGCAAGGUGUCCAGAAGUAUAGUUUUGUUUCCCCCCCAGUUUUUUUAAUUGGUUUUCAAAAAAAUUAUAGACAAACAAGUAAACAAAUAAACAUAAAUCAUAACCUUAUUAAAAUUACACUUAUUAACCUUGUUAAGUGACUUCCUCGCUUCCCCUUGGUUGAAUUUCAAUGCAUAUCCUUUUAACGGUUUUCCAAAUCAUAGUUCUUAUAAAUUUAACUUAAACCUUAACAUCCUUGAAUCUUUUCAUUCUGAAAUAAACAUAUUAAUUAAUCACUUAACUUAUAUAAAAUCCUAAGCCAAUCAAAUAUCAGCAAGCUAUUUCCAAUUAGUCAGAAGUAUAGUUUUGGAUUGAAUGGAGCUUUGUAGUAUCAGGAAGCAUCAAGCAAGGUAGUGAAUUUGUUGCAAGAAGGUGCGGAUUGUGGUUCUCUCUCCCUUUACAAUACUCAUUUCAGUGUCUUCCUCUACAUUCCAGCUUUGCUUUUGAAUCAGAGGUUUUCAAUACUACAUCUUUUUAAAGUUUUCAUACCCGCAUUUUAAGUAGGUUAGGCUUGCUAAAAUAUCUGGAUUUUUCUGUAGCAUUCAUACACAGAUCACAUGUGGAGUUUUUUAUUUUCUUUAUUAUCACGCUGUAAUAGCAUCUCACCUUUGAAAUCAGAAUAAAUGAAGAAAAUCACACUGAAACAGUGUCAGAGCAAAGCAAGUCAUUGAGAUCCUUUGCACGGUGCAGUUGGUGGUAGAUAGCCCUGUUUGGAGCAGGCGGUGAGGUCCUCCUUGCCUGCCUCACUCUCCUGUUCCUUUCCACAGGACAGUUUGCACCUCUGGUUUAGAGAAAGCUUAGUCAAUUGACUUAAAUGCAAAGUCAGGCAAUGAAGGAGCAAUGCAAGUGCACAAGGUCUCAUCACCACACACUGCAAGUGUAACAACUGCACCAAGAAGCCUACAAAAAGUUUGCCUCAUUUUAUUAUGGAUUUCACAGUAUCUGUGGUUCAUAUGCAUUGAAGCUACUUCAUUCUAAUUCAUACCGGUCUUUGCUGUCUGGUAUUUCUGGGAAAUAGUACUUGAAUUCCAUCUUCAGCGUCAAAAGAAGCACCUCUCAUUUUGCUACAGGAAGUGACAGAUUAUAGGUGGGGACCUGAAUUUCAAGAUUUCAAAGGCGGAAGCACCCAUGAACCUGUUGCUCAUGCUUGCUUCAACCAGUUCUGCCUACCUGCACAAUCUAGAAGGAGCCGAAGCGAAAGUUGAUAAUUGAAAUUUCAAAUGGAGAAGGGCCGUGGUUCAGUGGUAGAGCAAUCUGCAUUGCAUACAGAAGGCUCUAAGCCUGAUCCCUGAUAUCUGCUGGUAGCCCCUGAAAAGCUGCCGGUCAGUGCUGACAUGGUAUAAGGCAUUUUCCUGUAUUCUUAAGCUUUGGUGCCCACCAAAACUGCUCUAGAAGUUAAUCCAGCCCUCCAGAUUUGAGGGGGGAGUAGAGGGAGAAGCCCCGCUGUAAGAACAGAUGCCCUGCUCACUCAGGGUGUUUAGUAGUAUCCAGCAAGUACUCUGCAUGAUUUCUAAAUUAUGUAUUGGGCAAAAACUGGAUGAGACUUAGAUGAACUGAAAUAUAUCUUCCUUACCCAGGUAAAGUUUGAUACGGGCAUAUUGCUUCUGAGUACGCACAGAUUGAUCUGGAGAGAUCAGAAAAAUCAUGUAAGUUUCAGUAGUCUGGUAUGUCUAUAAUUUCCAUAUAAUAUGCAAAAGAACAGUAAAGUUAAUUUGUCUGUGAUGGUUGUGUGAGCAAACUGUCUCCCCCAAACAAACCAUGUGCCGUAAGAACACAACUUGGAACACACCUUGGCUUGUGGUAUGUUUUGGAGCAAGACAUAGCACAAAUCUGGGCUCAGACAUAGUGCUAAGCCCAAACAUUGGCUAUAUUCCCUUUGCUGUCUCUGCAGCAGAACCUGGGGGUGAGCGAAGUGGCUGCUAUUACUGAAGGAGAACCAACACACUUGCCUGCUCAUCCUAAACCAUAAUUUGACUUGGCGUUACAUGUAAAGCAACCCAGUUUAGGGUUUAGACAACAUGCUGCAUUCUGAUUAAUCAAAAAUGAAAGCGAAAAUUUCUGAUCUCCUUGCAGCCUCUCUAAUGGAGAAGGGAGGGUUUGGUGUGUGUGUGUGCAAGCCCAAGGGAAGGUUUAUUAUUGUUUUCAGCAUGUGACUGCUUAGGUGUGUGGGACAUGAUUUAGAGAAUUGUGAGUUAGCAGCCUUUCCUCUUCACAGGGCUUUACUGUCUUUAGCCAAUCUCCUACUACUAUAACUAUAAUUCAAACAAAAACAAAAACCCCUCCGUUUAAAAGGCCAUAGAUUAAUUUUAUUCUUUGCUAAUUAAACAAUUAGUUUCAAGAAUAAAAAUUCACGAGGAUUACAACUUUGGAAAUGAUGAAAUAAAAUAGAUCUAUGUAAUCUGAGGUACAGAGAUUUAAACCGGAGAUGUUAAUAAGCCCAAAAUGUGUACAGUUGCAGUACCAAAAACAGUAAAAAGCAGUUUAUACUUGCAGGAUAGCUUAGGCAAAAAAAUGGGUCAUUUUGAGCAAUGUGUUGCUGUUGUUAUUUCAUAUCCAUGGGAGCUUUUUUCUCCACACACCUGUGUAUGAGUAGCAAAAAUGGUCUAGAAUGUCAAGAAUUCUACACAUGAAAUGCUUCAGCGCAGAACUUAGUGCAAAAACAAUGCUGUGAUUCUAUAGUCUUAAAAUAAGAGCAGGAUUCAAUUAAAAUGUCUUUGUUUUUAUUCUCUCUAUUGCUGCUUUUAGGAAUGUUGUAUGGCUAUUCCUCUUUCCCAAAUUAUCUUCAUUGAAGAACAAGCAGCCGGGAUAGGGAAAAGGUAGUACUGUGAGUUUGUAGCAAAAUCUGUUAUGUUGGGGACAGUCGCUUCCCUGGGUUAUUUGGAAUAUUCUGUCAUCAGCGCCAUACCCCUCUCCAUCCCUGUCCCAGAAGUUAGGAGGGCUGCCACUGGCAGAGGCUGCUGCGCCUAACCUCAUGGGUAUGUUUAGCCUGGUGAAGAGGAGACCGAGAGACGAUACGAUAGCAAUGUUCAAAUAUCUAAAGGGCUGCCACAUGGAGGAUGGGAGGAAGCUUGUUUUCUCCUGCUCCAGAGACUAGGACCCAAACCAAUGGAUUCAAGUUAUAAGAAAGGAGAUUCUGACUAAACAUCAAAGCUGUUUGAUAGUGGAAUGGACUCCCAUGAGAGGCGAUGGACUUCCUUGGCUAUCUGCCAUGUAUGCUUAAAUUGGGAUUCCUGCAUUGUAGGGGGUUGGACUAGAUGGCCCUAAGGGUCCCAUCCAACUCUGCAAUUCUAUAAGUUCAUUUUUGUCUGCCUUGAAUAUCCUGUUACAUAUAUAGAGAGAUGAAAUAUUCUGAAAACUAUUUGAUGUUUAAAAUUCUUAACAACUGAAUGAAUUCUUGAAAAUUUAUAAGAAACAUGUUAUAUUACAUUCCACCAGCUAUAUUUUUAGCCUGUGAUAAAAGACUACAUAAAACUUUAAAAAUCUACAUUUGUUAAUAUUUAGGAAGCAGCCUUGCUUUUUUAUAACUACAGGGCACAUAAAGAUUUUCUCUCUUCCUCUUCCCAUCUCUUCAGUGCGAAAAUAGUGGUUCAUCUUCAUCCAGUACCUUCCAGCAAGGAGCCUGGCCCUUUCCAGAGUAGUAAAUACUCAUAUAUCAAACUUUCUUUCAAAGAACAUGGACAGAUUGAGGUAUAUAUGUAUUUUUAGCCUGAUGGGGGUGAGGUGAUAUUGGGAUGGGUUUUAUAAAUUUCAUUUGUGUAAAGAUAAAGCCUGGUUAAAAUGAAAUUUUUGCAAGACUUAAAUGGGUAAAAAUAAAUCAUUAUACAGGUAUUACUGUUUAUUACUAUUGUGUCUUGCUUGUAACAUGCUGGUAUGGACUGCUAAACUUUUGAGAUCUGUAAAGAUAAGUGAUGCAGUAAAACUCAGUCCUUUGAGAAAUUACUUUUAUGAAAUUGCUUUUAUUUAGAAAAUACUAAAUAUAUUUAAAUCAGUUUCAGUGCAUCCUUGCAAUUAACCUCCCUCCUUUCUUUUUUUAAACCUCUGCACAGUUCUACAGAAGACUAUCGGAAGAAAUGACUCAGCGGAGGUGGGAAAACAUGCCUGCUUCUCAGACCAUUGAUGUUACCAGAGGCUCGCAGGUGUUUAUGCAGUUUCUGAUUAUUGGACCUCUGCUUUCAAAUAAGCAUUUCAAUAAGUAUCCUUUUUGCUUUAUGCAGCUGUUUUAUUAUGUAACACUCCCCACCCCACCCCACAAUGUUAAUUGAAAUUGGCUAUUUUUGACAGGUAAUGUAAUUUGAAAACAUGAAGCUGAUUAUAUAGUUGCAUUUAGACAUAGCACUAAAUGAGGUGCACUAAAUGUGCACUGACAUGCACAGCCUUUCCUGACACUGUCACAGUCAUGAGAAGACCCAACAGGGCCUGUCUCAGGCCACAGAAUAUUUAGGGGGCCCGACCCCUCCUUGAAAUUUUUUUUGCGGGGAGACUUGCACCCCUCUGGAUGGCGCCCCUGGUUGUUUCUAAAUACACCCCAUGUCCCAGAUCUCACAGAUGUUAUAAGGCAGGCACAGACUUUAGGUAAAGGUAAAGGGACCCCUGACCAUUAGGACCAGUCGUGACCGACUCUGGGGUUGCGGCGUUCAUCUCGCUUUACUGGCCGAGGGAGCCAGCGUACAGCUUCCAGGUCAUGUGGCCAGCAUGACUAAGCCGCUUCUGGCGAACCAGAGCAGCGCACGGAAACGCCGUUUACCUUCCCGCCGGAGCGGUACCUAUUUAUCUACUUGCACUUUGACGUGCUUUCGAACUGCUAGGUUGGCAGGAGCAGGGACCGAGCAACGGGAGCUCACCCCGUCGUGGGGAUUCGAACUGCCGACCUUCUGAUCGGCAAGUCCUAGGCUCUGUGGUUUAACCCACAGCGCCACCCGUGUCCCUACACAUUUGUUUAGCUCCCAGCAAUUGAAAUACCUUCUCAGAAAUGGCUGUCGUGCAGCUGGAUGCUGGCUUUUUUGGGGUGGGGCUUUGUCCUUCUGGGGCCCAGCCAUUAUCUCAUCAGGGCCUCACUUGUGUCCAAAAGGAGGGAACUCUAAGCACUUCCUUCAUAACCCUUUUGUUGUUGUAUUUUUUUUUCAGACAGGGAGAAUAAGAGCUGCAGGAAUUGUAGGUAUUGAGAGAAAAUUAGAAGAAAGAAGAAAAGAGAUGGAUAAGAACAUUUCCGAGGUGAGUAAUAUUGGAAUUUCAUGUGCAGAUUUUUUUUGUAACUCUUUGAGUUGUUGGAAGCUGCUGAUAGGGAGAGUCUGUAAUUAUAUUUGGAUCACAGUCAUUGUGUUUGGCAGCCAGAUGUGUUAUAUGUUUAAAAAUACAUGACCGGUGCUUACGGGCUUUUGCAAAGGAUGUAUCCCCCCUCUACAAAUGCAGUUAUUGCACUUUUUACACAGCUGUUGCACAAGAUAUAGGUGUCUUAUCAUGAAGUGAAUGCUUCUUUUGUGGAAAAAUUAUUUUCCUCCAGUGCUUGCAUAGCGUAAUUUGUUAUUUGGGACAGUUAGUUUAAGUUGUCUGUUGUUGCUUCAGUUUUCUGUGUGCUGCUUAGAGAUAGUUUUAAUAAAUUAAGCGGUAUAGAAAUUAUAUGAUCAAGUAAUCAAAAAUGCCACUUCUCCUCUAGCCAGUGCAUCAGUUGCAAUAGUGAGAGCUGCGUGCAACAUGCCCGUAUAAAGCGUCACAUAUAAGUGCCUGUGGUGUAACUGUGUUUCUUUCACACCACUUUAAAAUGUUCUAUAUUUUAGAGCAGAGCUUUCCAAACUUUUCAUGUUGGUUGACACACUUUAUAGACAUUCAUCAUUUCACAGCACAGUACAGUGGUACCUUGGGUUAAGUACUUAAUUCAUUCUGGAGGUCCGUUCUUAACCUGAAACUGUUCUUAACCUGAAGCACCACUUUAGCUAAUGGGGCCUUCUGCCGCCAUGCUGCCGGAGCACGAUUUCUGUUCUUAUCCUGAAGCAAAGUUCUUAACCCGAGGUACUAUAUCUGGGUUAGUGGAGUCUGUAACCUGAAGCGUCUGUAACCUGAAGUGUAUGUAACCCGAGGUACAACUGUAAUUUAGUUUUACUAAUCCCUUUCCAGCCCCAGAAGGAAUGCAAAGGAGCGUUUGUGCAACACACUUACACACUGCGGCCGGCACACUAACGUGUCACAAAUCACAGUGUGUCUUUGCACAUAAGUCUGUGGGUUGGGCUAGUCUGAUGUGAGAGAGUGAGGAAAUCUGUUAAGAGGAGUCAGAUAGACAUUUGGGAUAAUCAGUCAGAAGGUAUUAGGAAGGUAUAGGCCGGUAAAGGAACUAAGGUUAAUAAACUGACAAGAAAAUUAUCUGAGAAACCAUAAACUUGUUAAUGCUUAUAAAAUAAACUUGUUUAUUUUGUUUAAUUUUAACAACUGUCUGGACUCAGUGUGUACCCGAGAGUAACGGGUUGGUGGCAGCGGGGAAGCGAGCACAGUGGUGGCACAGGGAUCAAUAGACCGUCAAACGUCCGGGGACUCUGUGUUUUAGAAAUCUGCACUGUCUUGCUGCUUUGCUCCUUGAGUUUUGUGCCUUCCAGCCUCAGCAUCGCAGGGCAUAUUUCCAGUGUUAAUUUUUAUAAAGAGUCAAACCUAUAUAGCAGGCAUAGGCAAACUUGGCCGUCCAGAUGUUUUGAGACUACAGUUCCCAUCAUCACUGACCACUGGUCCUGUUAGCUAGGGAUGAUGGGAGUUGUAGUCCCAAAACAUCUGGAGGGCCGAGUUCCCCUAUGCCUGCUAUAUAGCAAUCCUUUCCUCCUCCAUUGCUUUGGACAAAGGUAUUGCCAUGGUAUCACUGGAUCAGGCCUGGCUGACGCAAAACGUUGUACACAGAGAAAAAAUGCAGGCUUUUCCACUUGUCCGAAGAGACCCCAAAGCAUUUUCUAAGGGUUAGAAAAACAAAGAGCCGUUUAAGGGCAUAUGAAUGCAGCCUAACUAGUGGCAAGAGGCAGAAGGAAGAAGGGGGAUUGGGAAUUCUAUAAACAUGAGGGUUUAUCUUUCCUAAUAAUUUGCUUCCUGGUAUUUGUAACAGCUUGUUUUUGUUUAUCACUUCUGGCUACUGUUGUUUUUGUUUCUGGUGGUAGAAUUUCCUUGUUUUUAGAACAAGAAGAUCAUACCCACAUCAUUGUCACUCUUUAUUGUUUACUGCAACAAAUUGAUCUCUGUCGUUUUUGUAAGGAUUUACUUACUCUCCUCUUUUUACAACUGGCACAUACAAAUUUAGGGUGGAGCUGAACAAUAUAGGAGCCCCUUGUUUCCUGCUGGUCUUCCUCCACCCCAUGUAGUAAAAGAGGUUGCAUUAUAAGAUGGUGUGUUGCUGUUCAUUUUCCACCACCUUCCUGCUACACUUCACCCCAUGAAGUAGAUUGGGAAAGGGUCAUCUUACAGCACAAUGACUAUUUAUUUUUUUAUUUAUUAAUUUCCAAGCAUUUCUAUGUUGAUUAAUAUUUCAAAGGUCUCUAAGCAGACAUACGGCAUGUUCUCUUCAACUGUGUGGUGGGGACGCAGGUGGCGCUGUGGGUUAAACCACAGAGCCUAGGACUUGCCGAUCAGAAGGUCAGCGGUUCGAAUCCCCGCGACAGGGUGAGCUCCCGUUGCUCGGUCCCUGCUCCUGCCAACCUAGCAGUUCGAAAGCACAUCAAAGUGCAAGUAGAUAAAUAGGUACCGCUCCGGCGGGAAGGUAAACGGCCUUUCCGUGCGCUGCUCUGGUUCGCCAGAAGCGGCUUAGUCAUGCUGGCCACCUGACCCGGAAGCUGUACGCCGGCUCCCUCGGCCAGUAAAGCGAGAUGAGCGCCGUAACCCCAGAGUCGGUCACGACUGGACCUAAUGGUCAGGGGUCCCUUUACCCUUUACCUUCUUAUCAGGGAGGGCUGGUGGAGGAAGAGACAUGAGGCUACUGUUUGCAGCCAAAGCAGCCAAUUUUCUUGUGCCACCAGUAGAGAAUCUGCCUGUGGUGUAGUGGUUAAGAGCGAUAGACUUGUAAUCUGGGGAACCGGGUUCGCGUCUCCGCUCCUCCACAUGCAGCUGCUGGGUGAUCUUGGGCCAGUCACACUUCUUUGAAGUCUCUCAGCCCCACUCACCUCACAGAGUGUUUGUUGUGGGGCAGGAGGGGAAAGGAGAAUGUUAGCUGCUUUGAGACUCCUAAGGGUAGUGGUAAAGCGGGAUAUCAAAUCCAAACUCUUCUUCUUCUUCCUUGUAUGCAGAAGAUUCUAGCUUUUCGGUAGGGCUGGGAGACAGCCCUGUUUGAAAUCCAGAAGAGUUUGCCUGUCAGGGUAGACAAUACUAAACAAGAUAGACCAAUGUUCUGACUCAGUAUGAGGUGAUUUUCUGUGCCCCCGUGUUGUUCUCUUCCACUCUGUUUAUCAGAGGAUAAAAGAAAUCAAACUGUGGAUGUUGAAAACAUAGGGAAAUCUGCUUUGCACUUAUCAAUCAGUUUAUUUCAGAACUUGUGCCCUGCGUUACAAAAUGGGUUUCCUGCACCUGCUGGUUGCUGCUGAUAAAAAUUCAUUCCCUUAGUUCUUUGUUUUUCUGAGGAAAUUCCUGUUAGGUGUGUGCACAUUCUCCUUUGUACUUGGGCGUGAAUCAAUUAGACAGGGGAAGAAUUAUUUACAGCAUGCCCUUUAUUUAUCUAGAUCUGUUUUUCUCUCUUUGCUGGCUUGUCUUUCUGCAUGUUACUGACAACAUGCAUAAGAUGCUAAACGUUUGAUAAUUUCCAUUAGGUUAGAAUAGUGAAUUUGGUGAAUAAUUGGGGAGGCAAUGUUGCAUGCAAUAAUGUCUUGUUAAAUGCUUCCGGAUUUUGAUGAGAUGUCAGGUUUAUGUUUUUUCAGUUCAUGGUUUUAAAUUGUUUGCAAUACUUGUGUUGGCUUUAGCUGUUUUGAUUUCCCCCCAAUUAGUUUUAGUGCUGUUUAUUAUGUUGUUUCAUAUUGUAUUUUUAAUGGUCUGCAAACUGCCCAGAGAACUCCAGUUAAAUGGGUGGUGUACAUCUGUAAUUAUUUAUUACAUUUCUAACCUGCCUUUUCUUCAGGGAACUCAUAGAUGGCAUAUGUGGUACUUUCCUUUUUAAAUUAGCCUUGCCUAUGAAUAUUUAAAUAUAAGUACAAGCUUUUGAAAUCUGAGUACAGUGGUACCUCAGGUUACAUAUGCUUCAGGUUACAGACUCCGCUAACCCAGAAAUAGUACCUCAGGUUAAGAACUUUGCUUCAGGAUGAGAACAGAAAUCGUGCUCCGGCAGCGCGGCGGCAGCGGGAGGCCCUAUUAGCUAAAGUGGUUGCUUCAGGUUAAGAACAGUUUCAGGUUAAGAAUGGACCUCCAGAACGAAUCAAAUACUUAACCCGAGGUACCACUGUAUUAAAGGUCAUUUACUGCCAACCCUUGACUUAAAAUGACCCCACCCUCUUAUCUGGAAGGUGAGGACCUCUUAACACACAGCGUGCUAUUCAUACAGAAACAGUCUGCUCAGGUUACAAAGCACAGGGCUAGAAUCUUCUUAAUUACAGUUUUAAAGCACAUGGUCUUACAAUGCUAGAAACUAAUUAUUUCCAGGGCUUUGAUUUUGGAAGGAAGGCAGCGGUGGAAGAAAUAUUUCAAUGAUGCAAUGAGUCUGUCUUUCUAGAAGUGAGGAACACAUUACCAAGUGUGUGUCUGAUUAUUGCAGGCUUUUGAAGACCUCAGCAAGCUAAUGGAAAAGGUAAAGUAUCACUUUUUACCUCUCUGAAUUUAAAUUGGCUAGGCCCCAUCCAGAGAACCAUGAGUAAGCAGAAUGUUGAGCAUGCCCUGCUGAAUGUCACAGGUAAAAUGUGAUGGUGUCUGAAAGAUCCACUUCUAAGUGGGUAAGAAGCAGGGGGAUGUGGCUCAGACUCCAGCCCAUCCCAAAGCAAAUCAUCUUGGAGGAAGUCAUGAUUGAAUCUUCUUACACUAAUGAUUAGCAUUACAUUUGUGAGAGAAGGAACGCUCAGACUGAGUCCAGAAGCUCCCUUUCCCUAGCUAAUAGUUGGGGUACUUCCAGUCUGUCUGUUUAUUGAGCAUUCUUCCUGAUUUGUUUGCAGAGAGAUUGGAUGUUAUGUCAAAGGAAGUGUUCCUUCACGUGUUCCAGUGCGUGUCCUUAUGGCAAAAAUAUCCAACAUUUUGGAGACGUGGGUUUGUUGGCAAGACUACCCAAUCAAAUCUAAUUGUGCAGCCAGCCUGAAUUGGUUAGGUUGUGACUGAAUCCCACCUGAAAUUAGCCACCGUCUGGAAGUAGCCUUGAUUAAAUCUGCAAAUGUCCUGCUUUGAAGCCCCUCAAAGCUUGAUUCUGCGUCAGAGGCUCAUGGCAAAGUGUUCUGUCUUCAACAGCUCUGUCUUGUCUCUCUGUUGUGUCUUAAUAGGCAAAGGAAAUGGUGGAACUGUCCAAAUCGAUUGCUAACAAGAUCAAAGAAAAGCAAGGUGACAUCACGGAAGAUGAGGUCAGUUAAUAUUUUAAUGCGCUAGACGCCAACGCACUCUGAGAAACAUGGACUUAAGCUGCCAUGAUAAUAUACCGUAUUUUUUGCUCUGUAAGACUUACUUUUUCCCUCCUAAAAAGUAAGGGGAAAUGUGUGUGCGUCCUAUGGAGCAAAUGCAGGCUGCGCAGCUAUCACAGAAGCCAGAACAGCAAGAGGGAUUGCUGCUUUCACUGCGCAGCGAUCCCUCUUGCUGUUCUGGCUUCUGAGAUCCAGAAUAUUUUUUUUCUUGUUUUCCUCCUCCAAAAACUAGGUGUGUCUUGUGGUCUGCUGCGUCUUAUACAGCGAAAAAUACGGUAUAUAAUGCUGCCAAACUCUGAAUUGGUAAUACGGCAUAACAAAUGCUGGUGAUCUAUGAAACUUCACCACAGUGCUUUGCCUCAUCCAUACCCACAACCUCACCUGUAGUUGAAAAUAAGCAUGCACAUGCACCUGCAGUCUUCUCUCGCUCACUCACAAUAAUGGUGGUAUUGAUGCUUAAUUUAUUGGCUGUUUCCCGAACAUGGACUAGUCUCAUGAGAAAUCUGUCCCAGCUGCCUUGAGGAUAAGCUGGCCGAGGGUCUUCCUUGCAAGUAGAUUGAUUUCCAGGAGAGCAGUCUUCUGUAGGUGAGGAAAAGGUGACUUGGCAAUCCAUGGCAGUGUCUUUCCUACUUGGGGAAUGCUGUCAGCAUCCACUACAUGCUGAAUCCUGGCCAUUUCCUACUCCCAAGCCUUUCUUUGCUUGGCCUCCUAAAAACAGCACCUGUUCUUCGCUGGGCAAGGAGUAUGAUAGGUGGGCAAGGGGUAUGAUAGGUGCAUUUCGUUUUCUUUGGGGAAUUUUAAGAGUGAACUUGAGCGAAGAUGGGGAACGUAGCACAGCUCAUGAUUUUGGCAGACCUAUGACUCCUCAGUUAUCUCCCUGUUUUAGUACAUUAGGAACUUCCUAGUACUUCUGGCUUGAAGCUCAACAUCAAAAAAACGAAGAUCAUGGCCACUGGUCCCAUCACCUCCUGGCAAAUAGAAGGGGAAGAAAUGGAGGCAGUGAGAGAUUUUACUUUCUUGGGCUCCAUGAUCACUGCAGAUGGUGACAGCAGCCGCGAAAUUAAAAGACGCCUGCUUCUUGGGAGAAAAGCAAUGACAAACCUAGACAGCAUCUUAAAAAGCAAAGACAUCACCUUGCCAACAAAGGUCCCUAUAGUUAAAGCUAUGGUUUUCCCAGUAGUGAUGUAUGGAAGUGAGAGCUGGACCAUAAAGAAGGCUGAUCGCCGAAGGAUUGAUGCUUUUGAAUUAUGGUGCUGGAGGAGACUCUUGAGAGUCCCAUGGACUGCAAGAAGAUCAAACCUCUCCAUUCUGAAGGAAAUCAGCCCCGAGUGCUCACUGGAAGGACAGAUCAUGAAGCUGAGGCUCCAGUACUUUGGCCACCUCAUGAGAAGAGAAGACUCCCUGGAAAAGACCCUGAUGUUGGGAAAGAUGGAGGGCACAAGGAGAAGGGGACGACAGAGGACGAGAUGGUUGGACAGUGUUCUCGAAGCUACCAGCAUGAGUUUGACCAAUCUGCUGGAGGCCGUGGAAGACAGGAGUGCCUGGCGUGCUCUGGUCCAUGGGGUCACGAAGAGUUGGACAAGACUAAACGAUUAAACAACAACAACAGUACUUCUAGAACUUCCGUCCUAGGGAAUGAAACAACUCCCAUACGAGGAAAGGUUGCAACAUUUGGUGUUGUUUUAGUUUAGAGAAAAGGCAAGUAAGAAGCAACAGGACUGAACUGCAUAACAUGAUGCAUGAUGCAGAGAAAGGGGAUAAAGAUAAGUUCCCCCACCCCACCUCAUAACACUGGAACUUAGGAACAUCUGGUGAAGCUGAAUGUUGAAAGAUUCAGGUUGGGCAAACUGCCCACAGGAGGAAGUGAUGGCUGGCCACCAACUUGGAUGGCUUUAAAAGAGGAUUAGACAAAUGUGGAGGAUGAGGCUGCCGGCUGCAUUCUGUGUACUUCUGAAUACCAGUUGCUGGAAACCACAGGAGAGGAGGGUUGCUGCUGGACCUGCUUCCCAUAGGCAUCUCUGCUUGAGCAACGGGACUCCUCCCUUCCCCUUGUGUGUGCCUUGCACAUCCCAAAUAGGCUCCAGAGGGUUGAGAGAACCCCCAGAACAGAUUUAGAGUGCAUGCGGUAUGCGGAGAGGGGGUUAAACUUCCAUUGUGCAAGGAGGAAUCCUUGCUCUGAUGGAAUGUUUGCCGUACUGCUAUGCUGAAUUCAACCCUACAAGAACAGUACGCUGGGCUGGAUGGGGCACUGACCUGGACCAGCAGGCUCUUCCUAUGUUCGUUCAUCUAUCUGGGAUGCAUCUGUUUGUUAAGAAUAUGGCAUCUUAACCCUCCCACUCUCUCCUAUUUCCACAGACAAUCAGGUUUAAAUCAUACCUGUUGAGCAUGGGCAUAGCUAAUCCAGUCACCAGGGAAACACAUGGAUCCGGAACACAUUUCCAUAUGCAACUGGCAAAGCAAUUAGCUGGCAUUUUACAGGCACCUUUAGAGGUAAGGCACUCGAGAAUCUUAAUUUAUUUCAUAUUUACAAUGCAUAUUUUAUAUUCCUGUGCAUAUUUACUUUGGACUAAGUAUGUAGGCAUAGGAUUGUAGCCAUAACACGCUUGACCAAAGGCCUUAUUCUGUCCAGUUAGUAGAUUAAUCAGGGGCACAUUUUAAAUCUUUGGGGAAUUAAAUAAUAGGACUGUGAUAGAAGGGCACUCUAGUAGGCAACUCACACGCACAUCCAGUUUUAAAAACAACACAAAACAAAGUUGGCAUUUCUUUUAGUUAGCAUUCCAAACUAGCAGAUCUUUCAUUUCACAGGCAACAGAGGCUGACAGUGCGUAGAAGCAGACAUUUAUGUGCUGUGCUGCGCGUGCAAUUUCUCAGCCUCAUCUAACAUGAUUGUGCAUGCACAGCCUUAUUUUUAAAAAUAAAAACCCGCCUCAUCAGCUGUUUUGAGAGGAGGAAUGAGGGAUGGAAACAGUCCCAUUUCCUCGCCAUAUGGUGAUCAACAGGAGUUUAGGUUUUUAAAAGUAGGGACUGGGCACAUGUAGCCCUGAUGUCUCUGUACAUGCUCUGUUGGAUCAGAACUAUUGCUAAUAUGCUUCUUUAAAAUGUGGACUUUAUUCAGUGGUGAUACUCCUUUGUGAGCAGAUUUAAACAAUAGGUGCCACAGUAUAAUUUUUCAGUCCAGUGAUAAAGAUGUAUAAUGGAUAUUGAAGGAGAACUGGGAAAUUGCUCAGAAGCUACAUUAUUUGCCUUUGUUACCACUGCCGAGUACACAGGAGAUCCACACUGGCAGUGUUUGUACAUCCCCUUAAAUCAUGGUAAGCUUAACUAUGGCUGAAAGGGGAACAUGCAGCGUGCUGUUGCACAGGGUGAAAAAUCUCAGGAACUUCACUCCUCCCCUCCUUCUACCAUGCUGCUGGGAUCUAAGCCAUGAUUUGGUUUUGUCCAAACCCGGGCUCCUAGCUUGGCUUUCUCCAAACAAACCACAAGUUGUAACCAAGAUUCUUGACUUAACAUCCAUCAUUUGUUUAGAGAAAGCUAACCACAAAUCUGGGUUUGCAUGUGAUGCCAAGCCAUGCCGGUGGCUUAGCGGCACGGCAGCAGAAAGAAGGAGCAAAGCACCUCUGAUUUUUCACUCCAUUCACAUUGGCUUAACUACUGUUUGAAAGUAAGAUACGAAAGUAAGCAGGCCCUUGAAUCAUGGGAGCAGUGUCAAAUAGAAAAAGAAGAUGACCUUUUAGAAACUACUGACAAAUUUCCAGGACUAUGUUUACUGCAGCUUCUGUGCCAUUUGCAUUUCCAGAUACAGUGGUACCUCGGGUUAAGUACUUAAUUUGUUCCGGAGUUCCGUACUUAACCUGAAACUGUUCUUAACCUGAAGCACCACUUUAGCUAAUGGGGCCUCCUGCUGCCGCCGCACCACCAGAACAUGAUUUCUGUUCUCAUCCUGAAGCAAAGUUCUUAACCUGAAGCACUAUUUCUGGGUUAGCGUAGUCUGUAACCUGAAGCGUAUGUAAUAAUAAUAAUAAUAAUAAUAAUAAUAAUAGCAAUAAUUUAUUAUUUGUACCCAGCCCAUCUGGCUGGGUUUCCCCAGCCACUCUGGGCGGCUUCCACAGAGACCAAAAAUACACUAAAAUGUAACCUGAAGCGUAUGUAACCCGAGGUACCACUGUAUGUUUUCUGCUUGGGCAUGUUGAUGUUGUCAACUAGCCCAUCAUAACUUCUUAGAGACAGCAGGCUGGAUGUUCUAAAUUGGUUCUCUCUUACCAACUGAUAUUGUGUCCACAGGAGCGGGGAGGAAUAAUGUCACUCACAGAGGUUUAUUGCUUGGUGAAUCGUGCUCGAGGCUUGGAGGUGAGGAACAAUUACCUUGUUGCAUUUCCUCAAAAGUUGGCUUGAUCAACUUGAUGCUUCUCCAAGUAGCCAAAACUGAAAUGAUGUUGUUUCUGUAGGCGGUGGGGAAAUAUUUCUUCCCUUUGGUGUCUAGCUGUUCCCCUUUUCUUUAAAAGAACAUUAUAAAAACAGUGCUAACAAGACAGGAUAAUUUUCCAGAGUAAAUUCCAUCCAAUAAUGUGCUACAGAACAAUGAAGUGGGGAUGUCUUGAAGGCAUUAAGGCGGGGGCGGGCGUACCUUUGACCUUCCAGAUGUUCUUGGACUCCAGCUCCCAUCAGCUCUAGCCAGGAUGGCUAAUGAUCAGGGAUUAUGGGAGUUCCAGCAACAUCUGGAGCUUGACUGGACCUUGCAUUGAGUUCCCAAGAUUCCUUGGUGAAGCAUUGGACAGUUUUUAGUAUUUUUGAAAUAAAACGAAGGUUUGUAAAAUACCUGAAGCGCAGUCACAUUCUGAGGGCGUGGAGAUGGAUGUCAAUAAAUUUUUUUAAAUAUGUGGAGCGAGUGAGCAAAACAGAUUGGGAAGAGAAGAUUUAAAAGUUUUGCUAUUCAAAUAGCUGAAGCCAGAAGUAUUGUCAGCUUUAUUUCUUGCAGACUGACUAGCAAGCAAGUGCCAAAAGGAAUACUUUCUGAAUUGCACAGAUGUCUUGCAUUGCAGAGCAGCCAGAUAAGUCCACAGAGAGCGAGAGCAGUCUAUUCCAACUAUUAUGCAUUUCAGAUUACGAGGCCUACAAGACUAGCACAUAAUACGCAACUUGGCUUGAAACAUAAGCUAAAUAGCAUUCGGUUUGUUCUGCCAUCACUGCAGUAAAACUUUACUUUCCUUAGCAAAGUAUGUGUGUGGGUUUCUUUGAUUUGAUCUCCAAAGACUGGUGACCAUUUAGGCCAGUAGUGAGGAACAUGUGGCCCUUCAGGUCCUGUUGGACUACAAUUCCCAUCAUCCCUAUCUGUUGGCCAGGUUUACUAGGAGCAAUUUUUUGGGGGCAAAAAAAAUGAGAGGCACAAAUACAAGAUGGGUGACACCUGGCUUGAGAGCAGUACAUGUGAAAAGGAUCUAGGAGUCUUGGUUGACCACAAACUUGACAUGAGCCAACAGUGUGACGCGGCAGCUAAAAAGCCAAUGCAAUUCUGGGCUGCAUCAAUAGGAGUAUAGCAUCUAGAUCAAGGGAAGUAAUAGUGCCACUGUAUUCUGCUCUGGUCAGACCUCACCUGGAGUACUGUGUCCAGUUCUGGGCACCACAGUUCAAGAAGGACACUGACAAACUGGAACGUGUCCAGAGGAGGGCAACCAAAAUGGUCAAAGGCCUGGAAACGAUGCCUUAUGAGGAACGGCUAAGGGAGCUGGGCAUGUUUAGCCUGGAGAAGAGGAGGUUAAGGGGUGAUAUGAUAGCCAUGUUCAAAUAUAUAAAAGGUUGUCACAUAGAGGAGGGAGAAAGGUUGUUUUCUGCUGCUCCAGAGACGCGGACACGGAGCAAUGGAUCCAAACUACAAGAAAGAAGAUUCCACCUAAACAUUAGGAAGAACUUCCUGACAGUAAGAGCUGUUCGACAGUGGAAUUUGCUGCCAAGGAGUGUGGUGGAGUCUCCUUCUUUGGAGGUCUUUAAGCAGAGGCUUGACAACCAUAUGUCAGGAGUGCUCUGAUGGUGUUCCCUGCUUGGCAGGGGGUUGGACUCGAUGGCCCUUGUGGUCUCUUCCAACUCUAUGAUUCUAUGAUUCAAUGGGAGUUGUAGUUUAACAGCAUUUGGAGCGUCAUGGGUUUCCCAUGCUUGGUGUGUGCUAUGAGGUCACUGGUAUUUGUGAUGUUACAGAAUGCCAGCAAAAGAUUGAAACCAAAUAAAUGUGUGUUUCAAAUUAUUAGGAGCCUUUGUCCUAUGAGACUGCAAUACUCCCUUCCUAAUGUGUAGUUUGACUCAGAGACAAUUCCUAUGACUGUAUUUUCAGGUGUAAAUAUCCACAUGAGUAACGUAUGAACCACUCCUACAUGUGUGGUUUCCUUCAUUAUUUCUUAGGAUUUACAUAUUCUUGUUUGAAGGAGGAGUAGGGAUUGUUAAUACAUGUAAGCACUAUUCAUAUUUGAAUUGACACUGGUGCAUUUUACUGCUUCUGUAUUCACACCACAGUGCAAAAAAAAAAAAGUGUUCUAGGAUGCAACUGUGAGAAUAAGACCUGCUUGCAAUGUGAUUAACGUAACUGAGUUCUCACCCCCUUAGCUGCUCUCGCCUGAAGAUCUAGUAAAUGCAUGUAAGAUGUUGGAAGCACUAAAAUUACCUCUCAGGUGAGAAUCCUUUAGAAUUUAAUUUUAACUCAUCUUUUCCCUUCUCCUAUCCCCCAGAAAUGGUAUGAUGGGGCUUGUUCCCCCAUCCUCCUUUAGAACCAAGAAGUAGCACGAAGCAACCAGGCACGUGGCUGCAGUUAUGCUAUCUUCUGUCAAAUGCCCAUUUAAGGUUUGGUGUUUGCCUUACCAACUGAUUUUUUGAAAAACCCGGCAGGUGUAUGUGAGCUGUAGUUGUCAAGUAGUGUGGGCGCAUAUCUACAUUUCUGAAGGUCAUGGUGUUAAGUCUUUCUUCUUGCCACUUGAUGAUGGUGGUGGUGGUGGUGGUGAUGAUGAUAAUAAUAAUAAUAAUUUAUACCCCGCCCAUCUGUCUGGGUUUCCCCAACCACUCUGAGCGGCUCCCAGCAAAAUACAGUGGUACCUUGGUUUGCAUAUAUCUUGGUUUGCAUACGUUUUGGAUUACAAAUAUGUCAAACCCGGAAGUGCGUGUCCCGGUUUGCAACCUUUUUUUGGAUUACAACCCAUUUUUUUUGGAUUACGAACAAACAUUUUUUUGAGGCCCCAUUGGUGAAAGCACGCCUUGGAUUAAAAGCUGUUUUGGUUUACAAACUGACCUCCGGAAUGAUUUAUGGUUGUAAACCAAGGUACCACUGUAGUAAAAACACGAUGAAACAGCAAACAUUAAAAGCUUCCCUAAACAUGGCUGCCUUCAGAUGUCUUCUAAAGGUCAGAUAGUUCUUUAUUUCCUUGACAUCUGAUGAGAGGGCAUUCCGCAGGGCAGGUGCCACUACCAAGAAGCCCCUAUUUAGCAGUAAAUGGGGACCUGAUUCAAAGGAAAUACAGUGGUACCCCGGGUUACAUACGCUUCAGGUUACAGACUCCGCUAACCCAGAAAUAUUACCUCGGGUUAAGAACUUUGCUUCAGGAUGAGAACAGAAAUUGUGCUCCAGCGGCGCAGCGGCAGCAGCAGGAGGCCCUAUUAGCUAAAGUGGUGCUUCAGGUUAAGAACAGUUUCAGGUUAAGAACGGACCUCUGGAACGAAUUAAGUACUUAACCCGAGGUACCACUGUAGUUGAAAGCGCUGCUUCCUUGCGUACUCAGGAUUGCAGAAACCACACCAGGCUAGAGAAUCAGUUCUUUACUACCUUGCUCUUAUAUCUUUUAAACAGUAUCCUGAGGAAGGGAGUGGGUCUCAUCCACACUGUACAUUUAAAGCACAUUACUUCCCCCAAAGAAUCUGUAAUUUUUAAGGGUGCUGGGAAUUGGAGGAAUGUGAGCGGUAAACUACGGUGGUGGUGGUGGUGGUUUAUUAAAUUUCUUUACUUCCCUUCAUCUGAAGAUCACAGUUUACAGCUCCCAGCAUUCUUUGGGGGGAGCAGUGUGCUUCAAAUGUAUUGUGUUGAUGUGACUGGAGGAGCUAGUUUCAGGUGUGGGGGAUCUGGAAUGAAAGUCCUCACGGCUCUUUGUGCUAUGGGGACAGAUGGGGCAAGGAGUCUUAGGAGGCCUCCUUAAGCCACAGGAUGGUGAAAGGAAGUAAGACAAUGAAAAGCAGGAUGGAGAUAUGAAGAAGAAAAGGAAAAAACAGAAUUGAGACUGUGCGCCUUUUGAAAGAAAGGAAGUUGGCAAGAUUGUGGAGAAACCUGCCCGUUGAGAAUUCUUCUUUCUUUACCUCCUUGUGACCUGGAAAUGCUAAGGGACAAGAAGGACCCAUAAAGCACUGGGGAGAGUCAUAAAUGAGACUAAAUUUUACUUAUCAAUUUGAGCUAAUCAACCAAUUCUUUGGCCACAGGCUUCUAGUUAAGGUUUGUAUUUUUCCUUGUCUCGAGUUUAGGCUGCGUAUAUUUGACAGCGGCGUUAUGGUGAUUGAGUUGCAGUCCCACAAUGAAGAGGAGAUGGUGGCGUCUGCCCUAGAGACAGUAUGUAAACGUUUUAUUUUCUCAAGCAAUCUGUUAAAGAAACAGUGAUGCUUUCUGCUGUUGUCGCCAAGCUUCAAAUCUACGUCCUGUUUCCUUUUGUAAAGCACACAUGCACAGAGACCCACAUGUUUUUACAUGCCAGAAGAAUAGACACCCACCUGCCUCAAGCUCAGCAUAGCUGGAUACAGUCAAGACAGAUCUCUUGUCUCUGUAUUCCCAUUGCCUGACUUUAUGCAAAAGGUGGGCAAUUUUCUGCAGUAUUCGUCCAUUGUUCCUGAUGUAUAUUUUGCUCCAGGAGGUUUAGUUUAGUCAGAAUCAAGCGUACACUUCCAGAGUUAAUGCUAGAUACAUUUGUUGUCGUUUAGUCAUGUCCGACUCUUUGUGACCCCCUGGACCAUAGCACGCCAGGCACUCCUGUCUUCCACUGCCUCCCGCAGUUUGGUCAAACUCAUGUUCGUAGCUUCGAGAACACUGUCCAACCAUCUUGUCCUCUGUCGUCCCCUUCUUCUUGUGCCCUCCAUCUUUCCCAACAUCAGGGUCUUUUCCUAGGAGUCUUCUUUUCUCGUGAGGUGGCCAAAGUCUUGGAGCCUCAGCUUCAGGAUCUGUCCUUCCAGUGAGCACUCAGGGCUGAUUUCCUUCAGAAUGGAUAGGUUUGAUCUUGCAGUCCGUGGGACUCUCGAGUGUCUCCUCCAGCACCAUGAUUCAAAAGCAUCAAUUCUUCGGCGAUCAGCCUUCUUUAUGGUCCAGCUCUCACUUCCAUACAUCACUACUGGGAAAACCAUAGCUUUAACUGUACGGACGUUUGUUGACAAGGUGACUUCUCUGCUAGAUACAUUACUGCUGGUUAAUGAGCCACCAUAGCUGCUAGAGGGCUGUGAAAAUUUGUGUCCCCAUGACUCGUCUCCCCAUAUACUAUAUGAAACCAAAGAGGCACGUUGUUUGCCAGAUGUGAUUCCCCACCCCAGCUCUCCUACCCUACUAAACUGUGUUGAUCCUGUCCCACCAAACUCCAUCUCUGCUCCCUUUCCCAGCCGGAUAGCUGCCAAAAGGGACAAGAGGCUGCAAAGCCUCAGCACCUCCCUUUCAUGUCAACUUCUACGUUGAGUAGGGAUUGGACAGGAUGGCCUCCCGAUACCCUUGCCAGUUCUGUGAUUCUGGUGUCAAAAUGAGUGUGCCCGUGCAUAUAAAGCAUAUAGGAUACGGUACAUGUGUUCUCACCCUGCAGCCAUUAUUGCUUUUGUAUCUUUACUGGUGGAGUGGCUCUGCAAGCAUACUGAGAAAGUUCUGCUGGGAUAUCUGUCGCAGGAGCAGGCUAUCUUACCUUCCUUCAGUGGCGUAGGGCUUCUGCUGAAUUCUAUGAACUUUCAGCAGCAGAUUUCCAGUACAGGUUUUUACCCGAAGUUUCUUAAAUCCUAACUAAAUGUUUGCUAAGCAGGAAAGGCCUGGUAUUUGACCUGCAGGUUAGGGACGCAUGCCUACUUCAAAGGACUUCCUGUUACUGGAGUGGAGGGGCGGGACCGAAAAAAAUGACCGCUGCUUCACAAGUUGUGAAGACGAAUUGUUCCAUCACAUUUUCUGUAAAGAGCUAUGGCUCGUUGUAUAUGAGGUUAUCCUAUCUUUCAUCUUGCCACAAACCCGAGAAGUGGGUUAAGGUGAGAGAUAGUGACUUUCUCAGGGCCACAAAGAGAUCAUCAUAGCCAAAUAAGGAUUUGAAUCCAGGGCUCCAUAAUCAAAAUCCAGCACUCUUCAUCCCUUUGUCAUUUAGCAGAUACUAAAUGUGCAAAACCAGGCACAGUGUUCCUUAUAACGUGUGAGAUCUGUAUCUGUCUUUGGGACAGUGUAUAAUUGGAACCACAGUUGUACUGGGUCACCAUACCAUGGAUGCAGAGUUUACACUUAUUUUAAAAGGGGGGCAGAGAGAGAGAGAGACCAUCAUGACUCUUACAUAUUACAGAUUACAUGCCAUGUACAGACCUCUCUACCCAUUGAAGUGUGUGUGCAUGUGUAUGUAUAAUUGUCUUAAGUUAAGGAUAAAUUUGUGAGGUUGCAAAACUAUUGUGUCAGUCACAUCUUUUGAAACACGAUGAAAAGAAAGCAUUUAAGCUAUAUCUACUUCUUGGUUAUUUUUGUAGGGAAGAUCAACACAUAAAUAGCUAAUAGUAUUUGAACUUCAAUGAACAUUAAAUUAACACAAAAUGUUAUGGAAAUAAGUUUACAAAUGGUAUGUUGGUCACUGUGGAAUUACCCAUGCAAAGCUUUUAUUUUAUAAUUUUUGUCCUCUAGGUCUCUGAAAAGGGAUCUCUUACAGCAGAAGAGUUUGCAAAGCUCGUGGGAAUGUCUGUACUUUUAGCUAAAGAAAGGUAAGCAAAUAAACAACAAAUUUUCCUUCAUUUUUAAUACCUCAAGACAUCUAUUAAAAAUAACACAAGUACUUCUUUUUCUUUUUCUAGGCUGCUUCUAGCUGAAAAGAUGGGCCAACUUUGCAGAGAUGAUUCUGUAGAAGGCUUGAGAUUCUACCCAAAUUUAUUUCUCACACAGAGUUAAUGAUAGGUUAGCUCUCUCUUCCCCUCCGUUCAAAUAUGCUUGCCACAUGUAGGCUGGACCAAAAGAAGCCAAAUGAUCUACCUUGUGCCCAGCUGACCUUGUGAUGGUGCACAAACAUUUCCUGAGGUGGCGGUGGGCCCUAUGUGGAAAGAGGAAGAAAGGGGAACAUAAAAGUGUGCAUAAAUUAUGUUAUGUUACAACUGUGUGCAGGUUGUGUGGGAUAAUUAAUGCAGAGGACUAAUUUGAAACUUUUUUCUUAAGAGGACAGAUUUGAUACACUAGAAAUAUUGUGCUGUUAAAUUACAGAGGAAGGCAGUUAAGUGAUUCAGGAAAGGUGGGGAUGUUAUUGUGACCUACUUGCAAGAGUAGACAGAGCACAAAACGUGCUGUUUGCUUAGUACAUCUUCCCCUAUUCCAUUUUUACUAUGGACUUUGUAUCUACAACUCCAAAGCAAUUAUGUUUUCAGUAGCGUUAGAAGAAGAUCACUGGUGUGAACGUAACACGAUUCAGAGCGUGUUUGCCCUUUCCAGUUACUACUGAAUAAUUCGAUUUGAAAGUGCCUACAUUUCAGGGGGGGAAUCUUCCUGGGUAUGUUUGCCUAUAAACUUUCUUCAGAGGAAGGAUUAAUCUGUAUUAUAAAAAACGUAGACACCAGCGUGUUGCUUUGUGCUGAAUGUUAAGACAAUAAGCAUUGUGAACUCAGAUUUCCUUCCUUUCAUGCUUUGAUUCUCAGCUCCAUGAUGUUGCUAUUUUUGUCGUCUUUUGCCUAGCUAUGAGGAAUUCUGCCAGCUGCCUUUUUUAAAUACUCUUUCUUUAAAAAAAACAGUCAUUCAUUUGAGCACCAAUUCUCUAUCAGGGUGGAAGUUAUCACUGCGUCGGUGUCUAUGAAAGACAAACCCAUUUUAAUAGGGAGAAUUCCUUAGCGUCAUAUGUGAUGUGUUCUUACACCAUUAUUAUGUUUUACCAAAUACCGGUAAUCCUAUUGGAGUUGUGUGUUUGCUUUGUGUUCUGGAAGAUGUGUCAUUAUAAUGUCUGAUAUGAAUAGAUAUUUUAAGUACAGCUGCAAUAUUUAGUUUAUUAAUUGGCUAGAUUGGCUGAUUAAAAACCUUUUGAUCAACUAAAAAGUUGUCUCAUGUUAAUUUAUCAACAUAAGAAAGAGUCCCCAGAAAAACUGUGGUUGCAAGUCACGGGGAAUUUCUUCCUCCACUCUCCAAGCAGG